ACCCAAAUUUCCCCUUUCUCCAGUUCUCCCAUCCCCAAUCUGUGCCCGUGCGCGAGGAGGGGCGCGGCAGGGCGUAUAGCGGCGGGCGCGCGCGCGGGUCGGCGGCGCGGCAGCCGGCACUGGCAGCGCGGCGCAGCGCAGGGAGCAAGGCAGAGGCAGCCACCAACCAACAGGGACUGAAGUCAGGCAGAGGCAGGCAACAAGCUAAAGAGGAGGAGAGGAAGAGGAGAGAUUAGGAAUGUUGAGGUGGCAAUAGCCGAAUUCAUUUCUCAAUGAUGAGCCCUAUGUAAAGUUGUAUACUUCUCCAUAUUGCACAUGGUUCUGUGCCGGCAGUCCAAAUAUGUAUUCCAAUGGUGCAGACACCUGAGAAUUCCCCCCCUGGGACUCUCUUCCUGCCCCUUCUCUGUACUGACAGCUUCAGCUUCAGUUCAAUCAGACUGCUCUAGUGAUGAUGAAAAACUGAAUUGUGCUCCGUCUCAACAUGCCCGGAAAAGAUCCCGCACUUUGUGCUCUGAUAGUGUUGUACAGACUCUCCACUGCCUAAAGAGACGACCUGCCAUUGCAUUUGCCUACUUUAAAGAUACACAGAGCAUUGGGUUUAAUCAUGACUUUUCAACCUACUCAGAGAUGAUUCAGAUUCUAUCCCACUCACGCCAGGGGAAGAUGUUAGUUUCAUUGUUCUCUGAGCUUGUUUCAAGUAGUAAUGCUAGUGGUCCUGAAAUUUUGCCCCUUGUUGAUCACCACAGAAGAACAUGUGCUACUCCAUGUUCACUCUCGUUCAUGGUUGAUUGCUUGAUCAAGGCAUGCAUCACUUGCUAUGAUGUACAAGCAACCAUAUGCUUAUUUAGUGGCAUUUGCAGGCUUGGAGUUGUCCCAUCUGUUUGGACUUGGAACCUGCUUCUCAAAUUUAUAGCUGAGACUGGUGAAUAUGAGAUGGUUCUCGCAGCUUAUAAUGAAAUGAAGUGCUUUCAGCUGACUCCCGAUGUUUAUACAUUUGCCAUAGUCACUAGGUCACUUUUUCAAGCAAAGAAAGUGGAUGAGGCUUUGCAAGUUUGGGCCGAGAUGACUGAAAUGGGAGUGAAACCAGAUGCACGUGGGUACUCGUCAUUUCUAAUUGGUCUGUGUGAUUGCAGAAAAUAUGAUUUAGCUUAUGUUAUUCUACAAGAGAUUAAUAGGGAGAAGGUUCCUGUUGAGGCCAUGGCUUAUAACAUGGUAAUGGAUGGACUAUGCAAAGAAAUGAGAUUGGAUGAGGCGGAAAAGCUCUUGGAAAACAAGGCCAGACAAGGAUCCAACCCUGAUGUAUAUGGUUAUAGCUAUCUGAUUCAGAGUUAUUGCAAAAUGGGCAACCUAAUAAAGGCUGUGGAUCAUUAUGAAGCCAUGGUUUCUCAUGGUAUUGAGACAAAUUGCCACAUUGUGAGUUACCUUCUGCAAUGCUUCAGGAAGUUAGGCAUGACAUCUGAAGUAAUCGCGUAUUUCCUGAAAUUUAAAGAUUCAGGGCUUCAUCUUGACAAGGUGAUUUAUAACAUUGCUAUGGAUACUUAUUGCAAGAAUGGGAACAUGAACGAGGCAGUUAAGCUACUGAAUGAAAUGAAGUGUGGGGGUUUGACACCUGACAAAAUUCACUACACAUGCCUAAUCAAUGGUUACUGUUUGAAGGGAGAAAUGCAAAAUGCACAGCAGGUAUUUGAGGAAAUGCUGAAGGCCAAUAUUGAGCCAGAUAUAGUUACAUAUAACAUAUUGGCUAGUGGGUUUUGCAAGAGCGGUCUUGUUAUGGAGGUGUUUGAUCUUCUAGACCGUAUGGCAGAUCACGGUUUGGAGCCUAAUUCACUCACCUACGGUAUAGCAAUUGUUGGAUUUUGUAGAGGAGGCAACCUUAGUGAAGCAGAGGUUCUAUUUAAUGUAGUAGAAGAAAAAGGAAUUGAUCAUAUCGAAGUGAUGUACAGUUCGAUGGUUUGUGGCUAUUUGCUUUCAGGCUGGACUGAUCAUGCUUACAUGCUUUUUGUAAGGGUUGCUCGACAAGGAAAUCUUGUGGAUCAUUUUUCAUGUUCUAAGUUGAUAAAUGACCUCUGUAGAGUUGGAAAUGUCCAGGGGGCUUCAAAUGUUUGUAAGAUUAUGUUAGAACAUAAUGUUGUACCUGAUGUGAUUUCAUAUAGCAAACUCAUAUCAAUCUAUUGUCAGAAUGGAGAUAUGGACAAAGCUCACUUAUGGUUCCAUGAUAUGGUUCAGCGAGGACUUUCUAUUGAUGUUAUUGUAUACACUAUACUGAUGAAUGGUUACUGCAAGGCUGGUCGUCUGCAAGAAGCUUGUCAAUUGUUUGUUCAAAUGACAAACUUGGGCAUAAAGCCUGAUGUGAUUGCAUAUACAGUUCUACUGGAUGGUCACUUAAAGGAGACCCUUCAGCAAGGUUGGGAGGGGAUUGCUAAAGAGAGAAGGAGCUUUCUUCUUAGAGCGAAUCAUAACAAGUUAUUAAGUUCCAUGAAAGACAUGCAAAUUGAACCUGAUGUACCCUGUUACACGGUGUUGAUUGAUGGAAAGUGCAAAGCUGAAUAUCUAGUGGAAGCCCGGGAACUAUUUGAUGAGAUGUUGCAGAAAGGACUUACUCCUGAUGCUUAUGCUUACACAGCUCUUAUAAAUGGAUAUUGUAGCCAAGGGGAAAUAUCAAAGGCUGAAGAUCUUUUGCAAGAAAUGAUUGACAAGGGAAUAGAACCAGAUGAAUUGACCUUUUCAGUAUUAAAUCAGAGUUCCUUGAGGUCUAGGAAGAUUCAGUUCUGUGCAUGAUUCCCUCUGUGGUACCAUGUUUAGUAAAUUCUUUCUACUGAGAACACCUAUGUCAACAGCAAGGAGGUCAACAUUGAUGAUGAAGAACUUUCUGUAGAAAUUCGCAAAGAAAAUGAGGCUCCUGUUGUUGAGAGAAAAGUCAAGAACAUUUCAGAUACCAACAUUAAGAGGUUGUGCAUCCUACAUCUCAGUCUGCUUUUCAAGCAGACCUCCUUGCAAAUCUCUGAGUCUUCGUGCAAUUGAUGGCCUUGUUAAAGGAUUGGAGGCCAAUCAACGUCUAGUAGGUGACUUGACCCUAGCAACCCUUGAGGACAGUUGAACUCAGUUCAGAGCAGCGCGCUUGUCAUGGUCUUCUUUUUUACUGGGGAUUUGAUCUCUUUUGUCAGCACAGGCUCUGAUUUUACCUCCCUAGACAUUCAAAAUGGGAACUCUCUUCAGUUCCAGAUACUGUUCCUCAAGAACACAGGUCCAAGUUCCACUUAGGUUGUGAGUCUCUGUGCAAGUAGAGAUGUGAUUUGUCAAAUUUGGAACGGCACUAGUUAAUGUCAAACUUCGAUUCCCUGUUGUAUUGAAUUAAUUCAUGGAACCUACAAAUCUUCCACCUGAAGAUUUUUUGCCUGCCUGGAAUUCUGGAAAGCAUUAGCUGCUCAGUCUCUGAAAGUUUAAGAUGUGGAGUUCAUCAAAGAGUCUUUAAUUGAUCGAUUAUCCUUAGGGAUAAUUGGUUCUAAUUCGGUCUACAUUGCAAGCCAUAAUUCCUUCAGAAGUACCUGUCACAAUGGCAGCACAAUGAAAAGUGGAAAACAAAAGCAUCCUGCCGGCAAAACGACUUGUGGCUGAAGAACAAUGAUGAAGCAAGGGGUGACGCAGAAGUAUUUAUUUUACUUUUGGCCGGGUUAUAACUUAUAAGUCCCUUGAUCGCUGCAGGUUAUAAGCUCUGGGAAUCUUCAUUGCCCUAGGUCUAGUGUUGAAUCUAUGUAGUUUUUUAUGUAGUUUUUUCAACCAAAAUCAAUCUUGAAGUUUGCUGUUUAUGUGUAAUUACGAUUUGUACCAACAAGAUUAGAAUGUUUAGCUAUAUGCCUUGGAUUGAUUAACUAGGCUCAGUUUUUCUCUCAUUCAAGUGUUCAAUGAAUGAAAUGUAUGGUUCUCUAGCUUUUCUUUUGUUUCAAAAUCCUUAGUUUUUGGGGGCUUGUGUGUAGAUGGCAGCUGUAUCUUUCCUGUAUAUAAAGCUAUGGUUGUAGAAAAUUAUAGGGCGUAUUAUAAAUUAUUAUAGGAUGUAUUAUAUUUGAUGGUUAAGAUGUUCCUCCUUUUCAGUAA